GAUCCUCAGCUGUUCCCUCGUAAGCAGCAAUCUGCACUUCGCUUCAGGGUCCAUAUCAAGAGAUGAGUCUUGACCAUGUCUUCAAAAAGUGCGCCGCCACGCUGAUAGGCCUCGCCACGGGCAUCUUCGCGUGCGUCGUCCUGUCCACCAGCAGAAGAUUUCAGCGCCACAUAUUCUACUUCCACAAGGCUCCAAUAUGGUGGGGCCAGAAGCUUGACAAGCCUGAAAGUUCUGGAUUCCUGCACAACCAGGUCUUACCACUUCGAAUACCGACAUCAGACGGGGAAAGUCUCUACGCAUGGCUGGUAUCGCCUCUAGCCUUGUAUGCUAGGAAUGAGCGCGCUUUUCUGGCUCGAGACUCAGCAAGUGUAGACAACAUCUCAAUUAGACUCCUCAGAGACCCCGAGAGUCGGUUGGUCAUCUAUUUUCAUGGAAACGCCGGCUCAGUUGGCCAGGAACGCCGCACGGAUGCAUAUCGCAUGAUCUCUUCUGGACUUUCACAACAAAUCCAUGUCCUGUCCUUCGAUUAUCGCGGCUUCGCGCGCUCUUCGGGCUCUCCUUCUGAAGUAGGCUUGAUAGAUGACGCCUUAUCGGUGAUCAAGUGGGCUACGACGGUUCGAAAGGUCCCAUCAAAUCGCAUCGUUCUCCUUGCGCAAAGUCUCGGCACAGCGGUAGCAAGUGGAGCAGUCGACGCACUCCUUCGAAAGGACCCUAGCUUUGAGCUUGCUGGUCUAAUGCUGUGUGCUGCCUUCCCCGACGCGCCCACUGCUAUUUUGUCCUAUAAGAUUCUUGGCCAUUUCACGCUACUAGGACCACUAAACGCCAUCAAACCUGUUAGAAAGUGGUUUUUCGCUAGAUUUCAAGACAGAUGGGAUACCAAGCACCGGAUUAGUCGCAUUGUGAGUGCGAGUAUUUCUCUCCGAUUGACGUUCUUUGCAGCGGAAAAUGAUGAGGUGAUAGACUUCAAUACCGAGACGUUGUUCUAUCAUGCUGUACAAGAAGCGCUGGGUAGUCGCAACUCGAUAAGUGAAAUAAAUAAUGUGUGUCAGAGCAUUGGGCUUGGCGACGGAGGCACGGUUCAGGAAUGGGAAGGAGAGCAGAAACUUAUAAAGAAAGUCCUAGUAAGCUAUGGUGGUCACAAUGGCAUUAUGAAGUGGGCCCCUGUGGCACUGGAAGUUAUCAAAUGCUUCAAUUCAUCUCAGUAAGAGCCGAAAAAUAUCAACACCCGCCGGAAAACCUCGAUAAGAAAGCCGCGCUCAAUUGAAAUGCGGCAAGAAAUUUGUCCACUGCACAGUUUGAAAUGCACCCUUGGGCAACGACCUCAGCGACGAAAAGGCCAGCGCAAUCAAGGUCAACCUGGCAAAUAAUUAAGCCAGUCCCUCGACUAGCCCGAUUGUGAUCUGGAUUCCUGAGACUUUUUGUUGUUCAUACGCCACUUUUCUAAACUUCCCCUUGGCGUGCAGUACGAGAAAAGGAGGAAUAAUUUGCGAUUCCCCGUUGUCCAGAAACCCAACAUUGAGCCAGUCAUGAUCAAGCAGCUCAAUCUCCAGUGAAGCAGCUCUGUCUUGGUUGGAAAGCUGAAAUUCCACACCGAGUAAUGCGUCCC